CUACUCCUCCAGACCCGCGAGCUGCCCAGCGGCAGGUGGGCGCUGCACUCGGCCUCCGUGAGCCACAACGCCUCGGCCUGCGUGGUGGACAGGCUCAAGCCCUUCACGUCCUACAAGUUCCGAGUGAAGGCGACCAAUGACAUCGGGGACAGUGAGUUCAGCGAGGAGUCGGAACCGCUGACCACCCUGCAGGCUGCCCCCGACGAAGCGCCCACCAUCGUCUCGGUGACACCCCACACCACCACCUCCGUGCUGAUCCGAUGGCAGCCACCAGCCGAGGACAAGAUCAAUGGCAUCCUCCUGGGCUUCCGGAUCCGGUACCGCGAGCUGCUGUACGAGGGUCUGAGGGGCUUCACGCUUCGUGGCAUCAACAACCCGGGGGCCAGGUGGACAGAGCUGACCUCCUUGUUCUCCAUGCGGAACCUGAGCCGGCCCAGCCUCACGCAGUACGAGCUGGACAACCUGAACAAGCACCGGCGCUACGAGAUCCGCAUGACCGUGUACAACGCCGUGGGCGAGGGGCCCCUGAGUGCCCCGCAGGAGGUCUUCGUCGGGGAGGCAGUGCCCACGAUGGCGCCCCGCAACGUGGCCGUCCACGGCCCCACGGCCACACAGCUGGACGUGAUGUGGGAGCCUCCCCCGCUGGAGAGCCAGAACGGAGACAUCCAGGGCUACAAGAUUUAUUUCUGGGAGGCCCAGCGGCAGAACCUCACCGAGCGGGUGAAGACGCUCUUCCUGGCCGAGAACGGCGUGAAGCUCAAGAACCUGACCGGCUACACCACCUACAUGGUCAGCGUGGCGGCCUUCAACGCCGCGGGGGAAGGGCCUCGGAGCACCCCCACCCGGGGUCAGACCCAGCAAGCAGCCCCCAGUGCUCCCAGCUCGGUCAAGUUCAGCGAGCUGACCACCACCUCGGUGAACGUGUCCUGGGAGGCCCCGCAGUUCCCCAACGGCGUCCUGGAGGGCUACCGGCUGGUGUACGAGCCCUGCACCCCCGUGGACGGAGUCAGCAAGAUCGUGACAGUGGACGUGAAGGGGAACAGCCCCCUGUGGCUGAAGGUGAAGGACCUGGCGGAGGGCAUGACCUACCGGUUCCGCAUCAGAGCCAAGACCUUCACCUACGGGCCCGAGAUCGAGGCCAAUGUCACCACGGGCCCGGGCGAAGGUGCCCCGGGACCGCCUGGAGUGCCCAUCAUCGUGCGGUACAGCUCCGCCAUCGCCAUCCACUGGUCCAGCGGAGACCCCGGCAAAGGGCCCGUCACCCGCUACGUCAUAGAGGCCAGGCCGUCAGACGAGGGGCUAUGGGACAUCCUCAUCAAAGACAUCCCCAAGGAGGUGACCUCCUACACGUUCAGCAUGGACAUCCUGAAGCCAGGCGUGAGCUACGACUUCCGGGUCAUUGCAGUCAACGACUACGGCUUCGGCACCCCCAGCAGCCCCUCCCAGUCGGUGCCAGCCCAGAAAACCAACCCGUUCUACGAGGAGUGGUGGUUCCUGGUGGUCGUCGCCCUGGUCGGCCUCAUCUUCAUCCUGCUCCUGGUCUUCGUGCUCAUCAUCCGGGGCCAGAGCAAGAAGUACGCCAAGAAGACGGACUCGGGGAACAGUGGCAAGGCUGGUGCCCUGGGCCAUGGGGAGAUGAUGAGCUUGGAUGAGAGCAGUUUCCCUGCCCUGGAACUCAACAACCGGCGCCUCUCCGUCAAGAACUCCUUCUGCCGGAAGAACGGCCUGUACACCAGGUCUCCGCCCCGGCCUAGCCCGGGCAGCCUGCACUACUCCGAUGAGGACGUCACCAAGUACAACGACCUCAUCCAGGCAGAGAGCAGCAGCCUGACCGAGAAGCCCUCGGAAGUCUCCGACAGUCAGGGAAGCGACAGCGAGUACGAGGUCGACCAGAACCACCAGAAGGCCCACUCCUUCGUCAACCACUACAUCAGCGACCCCACCUACUACAACUCCUGGCGGCGGCAGCAGAAGGGCAUCUCUCGAGCCCAGGCCUACAGCUACACGGAGAGCGACUCGGGGGAGCCGGACCACGCCACCGCGGCCAACAGCAGCGGCAUCCAGCAGGGCAGCCUCUUCCGGCCCAAGGCCAGUGGGACCCCCACGCCCCAGGACCCCCGCUCUCUAUGA